UGGCAGCAACGCGUCUGGACCACUCGCGUGGAAGCACAAGAUAUCCUUUCCAGGGCGCAGCACCACUGCAUCUGAGCGCUCAAAACAUAUUCUCAGGAUACUCAGGAUCAGGAUAUUGCAGGCAGGCACAUAGGUGUGACAAUUCGGAGCGAUUGCAAAGGGCCUUGUGCGUAAUUGCCUGCUAACGAUUGCGCUUGAGAGAUGGCGCAGGCACUGAGGAGCGCGAGCAUUGCCGCGUCGUCCUUCGUCGGCUCCGUUGAAUGCUUCGGAGUGAAGAAUGGCGCCCGCGUCGUAGCCAGGUCCUCCCUCGGCGGCAAGGCCAAGCAGGUUGCCAAGCAGGCUUCCAAGACCUUGAAGAAGUCCUCCGGUGCCGGUGCCGAUAGGCCGCUGUGGUUCCCCGGCGCCCGGGCGCCCGAGUGGCUCGACGGGUCCCUCCCCGGAGACUAUGGUUUCGACCCCCUGAGCUUGGGCAAGAGCCCCGAGUACUUGCAGAUCGAGCUCGACUCGCUGAACCAGAACUUGGCGAAGAACGAGGCCGGUGACGUGAUUGGAACCCGCAUCUCGAAGAAGGAGGAGAUCGCCCCCACCCCAUUCCAGCCCUACAGUGAGGUGUUCGGUCUGCAGAGGUUCAGGGAAUGCGAGUUGAUCCACGGGCGAUGGGCUAUGUUGGCCAUCUUGGGAGCUCUGUCGGUGGAGGCCUUCACCGGUGUGACAUGGCAGGACGCCGGAAAGGUUGAACUGGUAGAUGGAGCGUCGUACUUCGGACUUCCACUGCCAUUCAGCAUCACCAGCUUGGUGUACAUCGAGGCGUUUUUGGUGGGAUUCAUCGAGUUCCAGAGGAAUGCCGAGCUCGACCCAGAGAAGAGGCUGUACCCCGGCGGGAAGUUCUUCGACCCAUUGAACUUCGCCGACACCGAGGAGAAGAAGGAGACACUGAAAUUAGCCGAAAUCAAGCACGCCAGGUUGGCGAUGGUGGCCGCUUUGGGAUUCGCCGCUCAGGCCGCGGCGACGGGCAAGGGACCUCUGGACAACUGGGCGACGCAUUUGGCAGACCCCCUGCACACCACCAUCUUCGACACAUUCUCGAAGUGAUAGAGUAAGACAGUGUGUUUGUAGCCGAGAGUCGAGAGUCGAGAGCGAUCUAAAUGUAAGGAGGCAAUGUAAUUUAAAACCCAAUUUCUCACUAACCCUUAUUCAACCUUC